UUUUUACUAGGUAUCACCAUGUUAUUUAGCUGCUAGUGUCGGCUGGUUAGCAGGUCUACAAAAGUUGGUCCAAGCUGGUGGUGAUCUUAUUUCCGCACGCGGAGGUGGUAGCAAGAAAAAGACAGCACUUCAUGUAGCAGCUGAGCAGGGUCACGCUGCUGUUGUAGAAUAUAUUGUUAGUGUCACAGAGGGUGUACUCAACUUGGAAACUGACAGUUUAGGCGCAAAUGUGUUGCACUAUGCCUGUUUAUCGGGUCACAUGGAUCUUGUGUCCUUUGUGAUGAAAGCAUGUCAAGUACCUGUUUCAGAGCCAGAUUCUCGAGGCGAAUUGCCAUUACAUUGGGCAGUAAGAAGCGGCAGGUUAGAAGUAGUGUCGUUGUUGGUUGAAAGGUACGGUUGUAAAAUCAAUACCUAUGUACCCAAGAGAGUCAAUACACCUUAUGAUAUGGCUAAAGCGGCUGGUCACAAGAAAUUAGCCGAAUAUAUCAAGAACAAAGGUGGAUUGACAACAAAGAAAAUGGAAAAGAAAAGAGAAGAAGAAUUGGCCAAAGAUAUACCAAGGCAUUUAGAAAGUGCGCUUGCAAUCAACGGCCUCUAAUAAUAUAAAUAAAGAUCGGAGUACGGUUAUGUUUUAGGAAAAAAAGCAGCAUGUUUUUCUCG